GCAUUCUGCAGGGUGGCGGCUAAAGAGUUAAGUCUCUUAUCGCCACAACUUGUCCAAGCUAAUGUUAGACUCAUUGGCAUUGGACUAGAGGAAACCGGUUUAGAGGAUUUCGUAGCUGGUAAAUUCUUUGAUGGGGAGUUGUAUAUUGACACUGAGAAGAAAAGUUUUAAAGACCUCAACUACAAGAAGCUUGGGUAUCUUAGUUUAAUCCCUGCUCUUCUCUCAAGAGUAGCAAGAGAAGCUAUGAGGAAGGUUUACAGGGCCACUGACAUCAUACGCCGCACUGUCAAUCUCCCACCCUCAGCCUUGCCCACCCUCAACCUCCACCAACAUCUCUGCUCGAAGUUUAGUAAGGAGUGGGCAGUUGGAGGAGACAUGAAAGGAGAUGGCUUCCAGAAUGGAGGACUGCUGGUUGUGGGCCCAAAAGGAGAGAAGGUUCUCUAUGAAUUUAAACAAGAGAAUCCUGCUGAGCAUGCUGAGAAUUCUGCUAUUGCUAAGGCUCUGGGAUUAGAAAUAACUCCAGAAGCUGGUAAAGUAGCAGAUGGCACGAAUCUAACUGACCUGGAAUGUGAAGAAGUUUGUGCCAUGCCAUCCAAAAAGUAAUUUGUGUAAGUGUCCCCAAAUGUUGCUAGUUUCUUUUGUUGGCAUCUGUGUAUGUUAUCUUUAAACUUGUUCAGCAGUCUGUCUUCAACAUUCAAUGAAUAAAUGCAGAGUACAGGUGUCCCUCGCUUGAUUUUGUAGUUGUGUUCCACGCCUUUGGCAGCUGUAUUGAACGAAUUCAGAUCAUAAACACUAAAUUCCAUAUAAUGAGAAUCAACAGGCUUUACAAAUAGCACUGAUCGCACAUUGCUAAUUAUUACGCAUUGAAUGGCUGAUAGAAAUAAAGCAGCGUAAUAGCAAAUCUGCAUAAAGCACACUCAUAAAGCAAAUCCACUUAAAGUGAGGGAUACCUGUACUAGUAUUUAUAUAGAGUAUAUACUUAGGUAGAAGAAUGUUGGAGUUGUAAAAACUACAGCCUAACAAAAUCUGCAUAACAAUUUAAUCAUUUUUCUAUAUACUGUAUGUAUAUGUUUAUAUAUGGAGGAGUAUAGAAUGUAGUAACAUUUUUAUCUUUGUACAAUAUAUGUACUAUAUAUAUUAUUUUAAUACUGUAUAAAAUCAACUUUAAGAAAGAGCAUUUUUAGUGGAUAUAUACUGUACAUUAUUAGCAAAUAUGUAAAUAUUGUAUCUUGCAGGAAGUCUUCCAUAGUGAGCAUCUUAAAUUUAUUAACGAGACUUGUCUAUGAAAGAUCUUAUAUUGCUCUAUGCAAAAAUAUUUCAACAUGGAAGAGAGUACUAUGUGCAGUACAACCGUGGAGAGGGAGAUUAAAGUAGCUUAGGUGCUUGUAGCACAAGACUGUCAUCAGAAGUUAGAUCAUUGGAGGAAGCAACCAGGGUUAGCCAGAUAGAGAGAAUAUAUUAAGAACCACAUUAUUCAUGCUCUUUCAAGGGUGGUUAAAUUAGGCAUGUGUGCAGUGCUUGAGUAUCUUUGUGGAAAUGUUUUGCCACACUGUGGCUUUAUCAGUUCAGUGCAAAGAAUGGUAAAGAUCAGAAAAAGUUUGAGGUAAAUAAUCAGUCCCUCAGCCUAGAGUCGACACAAUCAGUCAAUCAGAACCAGAUGUCCCAUGCCAUCAGUCAAGAUUGAUGGACUGAUUACAUUGACUCUAGGCUUAGGGACUGAUUACCUCAAACCCUUUCUGAUCUUUACUAUUCUUUGUAUUGGACUGAUGAAGCCACUGUGUGGUGAAACAUUUACACAAUAGAUACCCAAGUAUUGCACAUGUUUAAUUCAUCAAAAUUGUUGGUUCUCUGAACCAUUUACGUACAAUCUUUCAAGGGUAAUCAUGAAGAGAGCAUGUGGUUUCUAAUAUAUCCUCUGGAUCUUCUGGCUAACCCUGGUUGAUUCCUAUGAUGAUUUAGCUUCUGAUGAUCUUACACAGCAAAUGUUAAGGCUACUUCAAGCCCCGUCCCUAAGACUGUAUUGCACGUAAACACAUUUCGAAGCUUCAGCCAAGUCAGUCAGGAAUGACACCUGUAACAUUAGGUCUAAGGUAGAAAGUAUAUAUUUUCUGAAGUUGUGCAAGAUUUGAGUACUUAUAAGGCAUAUAAUAUUCCUGAAUAUGGUGUCAUACAAUGAAGUGUGCUAGUCAGCUGUGCAUCUUUGUUUAUUCAUCUGAGAGAACUAAGAAAUGUUUAGAAAUGGUAUAUGUGGAUAAAAUAGCAUUAGUUUCUUAAUGUGGUUGCAAUGUUGAAAUCAAUUAAAUUGUUGAAUGUGAUUAAUGCAUGGCACAAAGGUGUACUUCAAAACGAUGCAAAUUAUGUAUUUCGGUGUGUGGGGGGGGGGGGGAACGAUAACAGUUGCUAAAAGAAUGUGUACUUGGCAUUCCUCCAUAGGGGAUUCUUCUUAAUCAUUACAGCAUGGGUAAUUGGUUAAGAGAUAAAGAACAGAAACAAAUUUGGGAUAGACCAUGCUGUGUAAAAUACGUGUAAAAAUUAUUUGGUUAGAGAAAGCUGUUAAUGUACUAAUUGUGAAGUACAGUCAAUCUGAUGGAGACUAAUUGGUAGCUGUGUUUUAAUUAUAUACUUCAUAUUUAUAUGGGUGAUGUAUUGAGGUUGUGAGAUGACUGGUAUAAAUUAAUAUUGACAAGUCCUCUAUCUCUGGUUAUGAAAAAAAAAAAAUCGAACUCUGUUUGGCAUACUUUCUCUUGCAAAAAAAAAAAAAAAAAAAAAAAAAAAAUAGGAGUUUUGGCACAAAUAUUUUGGAGAAUGGCUACUGGUAUAUGUCAACAUAAAUGCAAAAAUGAAUGAUUUGUAAGCACUAUUUUUCUUUAUAUUGCCAAUUAUCAUUAUUUGAGUUUAAAUAUUUCUUGUGGUAAUAUUCACUUGAACAUAAAUAGUUCACCUUUAUGAAGUCUUGUUAUAAAAUGUUUUGACAGGCUACAAGAUGGAUGUUAUGAAGCUACUGUGUCAGGUGAAUGUUACUCCACUGUAAAUUAAAAUUAAUGGAAGAAUAAAUGUGCAUUGAAA